GCUUGUUGACAUUCAUGUGGAGAGACUCUGCCUGCACCCAAUGCCUACAGGGACGCAGAGCCUGCUCGCUCACUUGAACCGACAAUAAUGGUCUCUAUUAGGCCUCGAACAUCCAUUCGUCGCUGUCAUGCGAGAGCGAGACCGCCCGCAGCCACAGUCAAUCUCUCGUUCUCGACGUUCGCCCCUCCCGACAACAAUGCCCACCGAUAAACAAACCCGGAGUAAUACCUCGAAACCACUCACUCCCGCUCUCAGUGCAAACUUCCGCACGGCCAAAAGCCCAUUGACCCCAAGGGUGAUCGGCUCUGCCUCGUCUUCUCCCAACUUGUCUUCUCGCAGGGACCCUUUCGUCAGGUCAAAAUCGCCCCCCAAACCAGAUCAGACCACAACACCCUUAAAUGGAAAUAUCACUCCUCGGUCUGGUGCGAGGAAGUCACGGGUCGGAACAGAGUCCCCUUUGACUCCGGCACAGCCGCGAGGAACAGGAAAUGGCCAGAGAUCAAGAGCGUCGUCGGGCAAUGAGACCUCGAAACCAACCGGCGGUGCAAUGCGAGGCCUCGGCCUCACCAGCCCACGGCUGGCUGCAAGUACAGGUGCUCUGCCAAAAGCAACCACCUCAGGUUCUACGCCUGCUGUGACAAGCCAUCGAAGGCUGUCCGCCGCAAAGAGCAUGGUAGAGGGUGACAAAGAUAUCACGUCGAAGUUCUUCCACGCGGACGAGGUCAAGCCCAUUGUGGGAUCCCCAGAGCCCGACGACGGUCACCGAUUCCCUCCUCCAAAGCCAGGGCACUUCUUCGUCGGUUCACCUCCGCUGCCUAGGGAGAAUGCAAGUGGCAAGGAGAACCUCGAUGAUAAAUUCUUCAGGGCGAACGAUCUAACACCCCACGUACCCCCCCGACGUAACGUCCUUCCUCAUCUCUCAACAGACAGAUUGAACAGUCCGGCCGCUACACACGGCUUUCGAAAUACGCCGCCUCAAUCCCCAAAUAAAAUCCACAAAGGAGUCCCUCCAGAACCUGCAUCACCCCGAAAAUUACAGUCCGGCCCGGUGCCUUCUCCGCCGGGGCCUCGAACAGCUGCCGAACGCCCCAAAAGCAGCUCAGGCAGCACCGCAACGUCUCAGUCUGCACCGAAUGGUCAUCGAAAGUCGAUCAGCGCCAGCUCCAUUAGUUCGUCAGUUCUCAGGAAACUGAGCAAUACUAGAGCACAACCGCCUCAACCAUUGGAGCUCCAUCCUACUCCUCUAGUGUCACCCCGGAUCCACGGGAAUAGCCUUCUGUCCCCGGAAACGUUGAGUCCCAGGUCUAUCAGCCUUGCAUCAACGAACACUGUUCCCACCUCUGUCCCAAGCGAAACGGAAUUCUCAGAAGCCACAAAAACGCCCAGUGCAUCUGCGCCGAGUUCGGACCCGAGACCCGACCAGGUCACGCCCGGCUUUCAGUCUCAGUUGGAUCAAGCUGCUAAUGCCCGCCGGGAACGCAAAGUUCUCGACUUGGAAAUCUCGAACUCCUCGUUGUUAGCUAUCAAUAAAACGUUAGAACGUGAACUCCGCAAGCAGACCGGAGAGUUAAGAAGGUAUCGUCGACUAUCGCGCUCAGGGAGAUUAUCCCUUGCGCCAACAACAAGGACAACCUCCGAACAGUCUAAUUUCACGCUCGGUACGGUUACGGAGUUUGACGAUGAAGAUCGUCAAUUUUCCGACGAUGAUGACAGCGAUCUGGACGAUCUCGAAGACGAAGAUGGCUCUAUGCUAUCCAACGAUUCAGGUUCCAUGCUAAGUCCUUCCAUCCAAUCACGCCAGCGUGCGAGAGACGAGAAGCGACUGAUGCAAGAUCUCUCGCGCCAUCAACAACUUCUUAUCGAUUUCCAGAAACUCAGUCAAAGCAUAAAACGCUGUCUCACCUGUUCGGAAGAGCUAAUCAAAGAAGGAAACAAGGCAUUAGACUACAGAGUGGGUAUAGGAGAUGUGAAGCUUGGCGGGAGAGUUUUGAACGAUGAUGAACUGGAUGAAAUGGGGUUGGUGAACGGCGUGGAAGAACAGGAGGCAAGACAAGGGCUUUUGAGCCCCAGCAUCACCAAGGCGAACUUGGACGAGGCCCAACUUUGGGGAGCCAGGCCACCUCCAACGAUAAUUGCCAGCGACGUCACAGCCAUGCCUUCGCUGGAUGAGUUGUCCGAUAUAUUGGAUUCUGUCAGCGCGCAGUUGGAGGAGAUCUAGAUUGGCGUCUUGAAACCUUUGGACUGGAUCCACGGAAGACAAAGUUUCUUCCUUUACGACAUAAUGACCCAGACUGCAUUGGAAGCGGGGAGUACGUGAAGAGAUUGCUGUUUUCUUUUGUUGUGGCGGGAGUUUCGCGUGGUGGUGAGGAUAAGACGUGGGAAUCUGCGGUUGUUCCCUAUUGUGUACAAAAUGAUACCCCCCUAUCAUCGCCGAGUUUUCGCUUUGUUGUUGAUGCGGCACAGAGGAGAGACAAAAGACCUUGCCUUACAAAAUCGGGGCCGGCUAUAUAAAACUCCUGGUGACGAAUGAUAAUGGUCGAAGAAAGCUGUAGAGGAGAAAGACUAGGUAAUCGAUCAAUAUAGGUACAGAAGAGAGAGAAGAAAAAAGAAAAGGUGUCGCCACCCUCUAUCACCUUCUUUCAGAAACCCGCAGAGGAAAGGCUCCC